AUGCUUCGCCAACCCAGCCUGAGACUCCCUACACGUCGUGUACUGGCCUUGACCCGCCCCCAUCCACCAUCAACGGCCAUUACCACCACAUCAAAAACCCUCUCCACCACCCGGACCUCCCCCAACUCUUUCCCAUCCACCAAACCCACCCCCUCCCUCCUCGAGACCCAACGCCUCCGCCGCCCCGUCUCCCCGCACCUCUCCAUCUACCGCCCGCAGCACACGUGGUUCAACCCCUCCAUUAUAGGCCGCAUCACCGGCUGCGCUCUGUCCGGCGGACUGUACCUCUUCUUCGCCGCCUACGCCGUCGCCCCGCUACUCGGCUGGGACCUGCGCGUCGACGCCGUCGCCGCCGCCGUCGCCGCGCUGCCAAAAGCCGCGCGCGUUGGUGCAAAGGCGGCGGUUGGGUUCGUGGGCGUCUUCCACUGCGCGAACGGCGUGCGGCACCUUGUGUGGGAUCUUGGCAAGGGCGUAAACACGGUCGCUGUUAGGAAGAGCGGAUGGGUCGUCGUAGGCUUUAGCGUCUGCGGGGCCGGGCCGCUGGGCGGAUACCUUAGGCAGGAGCCCAACGCCCGUGAUCCUGACAAUAGUACCCCUACCAGCCACGUUACCAGCCAUACGCAGCAGGGCUGGUACGGCUUUAUCGUUUACCGCACUUACUACGGCGACGGGUCUACAGCGCACGCGACGCAAUGGGCGCGGGUGCAAGAGAAGAUAUACGCAAUGUCCAGGGAGUACUUGCUGGACCAGCCUGACGAGAAUGAUUGGCCGUUCGACGAAAGGACAAAGGACAUGUGGCAACUCCACUGGGUUGAUGAUGGAACGAUAUUCGAAGAAGCAGGAAUGGAGUUUGUCAAGGGGCAUUUCGCACGACUCGCGCAACAGCAUAUGGAUCGGAGCGACAGAAUUUCAUGGCUCGCUGCGCUCGUUGUGGAUCAAGAAGCUUUCGAUUCCAUCAGCGCGGCGGUCGAAGAUGCCGCCAAAGAGCCAAGGGCCUUUGUCUGGGCCGUUGACCCGGAUGUAGGCCCCGACGAUGUGAAAGAGGACGAGCCGGAAGAGUACAGAUACGCAGGGCAUUACAAAGUGCCGUUGCAGAUGCUCGAACAGUUUCAUCGGGUUGUGUUCAACCCCGAGUGCGACAAAAUGUACAAUGGCUGGGACCUAGCGCUCGACACCCCGUGGCCCAACUGGCGGCGAAGAGGAACACUUGAUUAG